CAAUAGAGUGCAGCCAUGGCCUCUGGAGAUGCUGAGAUGGCUGUUUUUGGGGAGGCAGCUCCUUACCUCCGGAAGUCAGAAAAGGAGAGAAUUGCAGCCCAGAACAAGCCUUUUGAUGCCAAGACAUCCGUCUUUGUGGUACAUGCAAAGGAAUCCUUUGUGAAAGGGACAAUUCAGAGCAGGGAAUCAGGGAAAGUCACUGUCAAGACUGAAGGAGGAGAGACCCUGACUGUGAAGGAAGAUCAAGUCUUCUCCAUGAACCCUCCCAAGUAUGACAAAAUCGAGGACAUGGCCAUGAUGACCCACCUCCACGAACCCGCUGUGCUGUACAACCUCAAAGAGCGUUACGCAGCCUGGAUGAUCUACACCUACUCGGGUCUCUUCUGCGUCACUGUCAACCCCUACAAGUGGCUGCCCGUGUACAACCCGGAGGUGGUGUUGGCCUACCGGGGCAAGAAGCGCCAGGAGGCCCCUCCACACAUCUUCUCCAUCUCUGACAACGCCUAUCAGUUCAUGCUGACUGAUCGGGAGAACCAGUCCAUCCUGAUCACCGGAGAAUCCGGUGCUGGGAAGACUGUGAACACAAAGCGUGUCAUCCAGUACUUUGCAACAAUUGCAGCCAGUGGGGACAAGAAGAAGGAGGAGCAGUCAGGCAAAAUGCAGGGAACGCUUGAGGAUCAAAUCAUCAGUGCCAACCCACUGCUGGAGGCCUUUGGAAACGCCAAGACCGUGAGGAACGACAACUCCUCACGCUUUGGCAAAUUCAUCAGAAUCCACUUUGGGGCCACAGGCAAACUGGCUUCUGCUGAUAUUGAAACUUAUCUGCUGGAGAAGUCCAGAGUCACUUUCCAGCUCAAGGCGGAAAGAAGCUACCACAUCUUUUAUCAGAUCAUGUCCAACAAGAAGCCAGAGCUAAUUGACAUGCUCCUCAUCACAACCAACCCUUACGAUUUCCACUUUGUGAGUCAAGGUGAGAUCACUGUUCCCAGCAUCGAUGACCAGGAGGAGCUGAUGGCAACAGAUAGUGCCAUUGACAUCCUGGGCUUCUCUGCUGAUGAGAAAACAGCCAUCUACAAGCUGACAGGGGCUGUCAUACACUAUGGGAACCUGAAGUUCAAGCAGAAGCAGCGUGAGGAGCAGGCAGAGCCUGAUGGCACAGAAGUUGCUGACAAGGCUGCCUACCUGAUGGGUCUGAACUCAGCAGACCUGCUCAAGGCCCUCUGCUACCCCCGAGUCAAGGUGGGGAAUGAAUACGUGACCAAGGGCCAAACAGUGCAGCAGGUGAACAAUUCGGUGGGGGCCCUGGCAAAGGCUGUCUAUGAGAAGAUGUUCCUGUGGAUGGUUGUUCGCAUCAACCAACAGCUGGACACGAAGCAGCCCAGGCAGUACUUCAUUGGUGUGCUGGACAUUGCUGGCUUCGAGAUCUUUGAUUUCAACAGCUUUGAGCAGUUGUGCAUCAACUUCACCAAUGAGAAACUGCAGCAGUUCUUCAACCACCACAUGUUCGUGCUGGAGCAGGAGGAGUACAAGAAGGAGGGAAUUGAAUGGACAUUCAUUGACUUUGGGAUGGACCUGGCUGCCUGCAUUGAGCUCAUUGAGAAGCCAAUGGGCAUCUUUUCCAUCCUGGAAGAGGAGUGCAUGUUCCCCAAGGCAACUGACACCUCUUUCAAGAACAAGCUCUAUGACCAGCACCUGGGCAAGUCCAACAACUUCCAGAAGCCCAAACCUGCCAAAGGCAAGGCUGAGGCCCACUUCUCCCUGGUGCACUACGCUGGCACAGUGGACUACAACAUCACUGGGUGGUUGGAGAAGAACAAGGACCCCCUGAAUGAAACUGUCAUUGGGCUGUACCAGAAAUCAUCUGUCAAGACCCUGGCCUUACUCUUUGCCAACUAUGGUGGAGCAGAUGCAGAGGCUGGUGGUGGAAAGAAGGGUGGCAAGAAAAAGGGUUCUUCUUUCCAGACUGUCUCAGCUCUUUUCCGGUAGGAAGAGAACAUGUCUGAA